CAACUCGUUUGUUUUUUCUUGUUGUGGGAUUUGAGACCAUUCCGUUGACACUGACUUAUUGUCUACUCGCAAAACUCUUAAUCCUGGUUUACUUGAUAACGUGAGGGUUGAUAUGGAGAAUAUUGAACGAGCGUAUGGUGCAUUUGUUUAUGAUGCGAUAAAAAAUUUGAACUACACUUACAUGGUACUAUCAGUCCCAGGAAGCGUUCAAUGGUUCUUGAAAACGUUCACACCUACAACAUUUAAAGAUUGAAAAAUGGGAAAAAAUUGGAAAUUCGUGAUUCGUCUCCACCUCCUCCUCCAGAGCAGUAUGUUUUUAACAACGGACGCUUUCAAAAUUUUAGUUUUUUAUCCUACUCCAUCCCUGAGUCAUCAGCGCCCAAUAAUGGCCCUGACUGAGCGGUUAGUACAAAAAGGGCAUGAGCUCUUUGUGGUCAGCCCAAAUGCUGUACCGAGACUGGAACACCACGGCAACUAUACUUACGUGGACAUUUCAUUUUCUUACAAAUAUUUUUCGGACAAAAAGGAGGACGAAACUGUGGUGCUUCAACAGGAAAUAUCUAAGUGGGCCUAUGUUCAAACGCAUGAAAAAGUCGCGAAUAUGCAUAGAGCUCAAUUACUCAGCGAUAAUUUUCUGCAAUUUCAGCGGCGAGUAAUUUCGGAGAAAAUCAAAUUCGAUGUCGUUAUCGCGGAAUCGUAUUCUAUACCCUAUACUUGUGCGAUAACACGGAUGCUUAGUAAUGGCACACCACUCAUUUCAAUGACGACAUUCUCAGCUGACUUCGGGGUGCAAAGAAGAAUAAGUAAUAUCCCACAUUUCUCUUUUAUUCCGACGCUUAUGAGCGACUACACAGACAGGAUGAGCUUGUGGCAAAAAAUCGAAAAUUGGCUGUCCUAUAAAUAUCUUUCAUGGCGCAUGGAGGGUCAGAUGAUGAAAGCAGCCAGGCGGUUUAUCAGGGACGCAUACGGGAACGAAAGUGAAAGAUUGGUUGAUGGAUGCUGGGAGAGCGUCAGCCUUUCACUUGUGACCUCUAACUCACUCUAUUAUUAUCCUAGACUCUUGGGCCCGAAUAUCAUCGAGACAGGGCCUUUGCAUUUGAAGACGCCUGCAAAACUACCAAAGAAUUUGCAAGAGUGGUUGAAUGGUGCAAAGAAAGGAGUAAUCUACUUCAGUCUCGGAAGUAAUAUGAAAGCAAAGUCACUUCCCGUUCAAGUUCGUGCAAAUUUCUUGAGAAUGUUCGAUGAAUUGCCAGCUGGAUAUAGAGUCCUAUGGAAAUCGGAGGAUAUUGACGAAGCCGUAAGGAAACCACACAACAUAUUAAUGCAAGAUUGGGUGCCACAAGACAGCGUACUAGCGCAUCCAAAUGUGAAGCUCUUCAUUACGCAAGGAGGCCUUCAAAGCUUUCAAGAAGCAGUUCAUUUCGCAGUUCCAAUGGUUGGAAUCCCGCUGUUCGUAGAUCAGGGCUGUCAAGUCUCCAAGAUUGUGGAUGCCAAGAUUGGAGUCCGCUUAUCGCCGAGGGAUCUGCAUUCAUUCGAAAAAAUUAAAACAGCAGUUGAAAGUGUACUCUAUGAUGAAAGUUAUCGGAGGAACAUCCGUAAGCUUUCUGCAAUUUCGCGGGAUUUCAGUUCUGUGGCGCUAGACAAAGCGACGUUUUGGGUGGAACAUGUGGCCAGGCAUGGGGGCGCAGCUCAUUUCAGGCCCUCGAUAGCAGACGCAAAUCUUUUCCAAUACCUCUGCUUGGAUAUCAUCAGUAUCUUUAUGGCUGUUUUACUUGUGAUCAGUUUUAUUCUGUUUAAAGGCUGUGAGUCGGUAAUAGAAAUGGUGUCCAAUUUUUCAAUCGCUAAAGUAAAGAAAUGUUAA